AAAGGAAGUGGCGGGAGAUUUCUUUUCCCGCGCGAUGGAAAUGGAACCCUGGGAAGCCCUUGGCGUCGAUGAGUCCGAUCUCUCCGCCUUCCUCCGCCCUUGCAACGCCCAAUCCAGCUCCUCUUCCCUCAUUCCUGGCCCUGCCGGUGCCGUUCAAGCUGUUAUGAGCAACCGCUGUCGCGACGACCCACUUCCCACUCAGGAAUUCAUAAGGCGCGUCGGCCUCGAAAGCCACCGCGAUUUCAGCACCAAUCCCUGGCUCUGCGCCAUCCAAUUUGUUCGCUCGCGGGGUAUGGUGGGCGCUGAUGCCGUCGCACACGGCACGCCGUUGAACUCAAUCAAGAACACUGAAAGAGUGCCUCUGGUCGUAGCUGUUAUCAAAUCCUGCACUCCCAACGGUCUCGGUGACAUGAAGAUUACGCUCAAGGAUCCUACAACCACUGUUAGUGCCAGUGUCCAUCGCAAAGUCUUGAUGCAGCCGGAAUUUGGGAAGGACAUCGCUGUUGGUUCUGUCGUGGUUCUGCACGAGGUUGCUGUGUUUUGUCCUACCCGCUCUACCUGUUAUCUGAAUGUAACAUUGCGCAACGUUCUACAGGUCUUCUCCAAGGACUGUGGACCUCCAUCAGAACAAUUAAUACAUCCUGUACGCCCAGUGAUACGCGCUACACCUAGUACGGAAAGGCCUGAAAGCUUGUUAGCAUCUGGAAAUACAUCCUCUCCGCCCCUGAAAAGAAAUGAAGAAAUCAUGUCUGGUCUCAGAUUUGAGUCAAGCUCUAGACAAGUAAUAGAUAUUGACUGGCAGAGAGCUGAAGUUUUGGCUUCAACGUCGUCUCACAGAGAAACUGUUUCAGAAAGAGAGAACUUGCGGUUAAGUCUGGAUAAUGCUGGACAUGUUGAAGUAAACUGUGUUGGUGAGCUUGAUAGUGAGAUGGAAGAUCAAGCCAAUCCUCAUGGAUUGGAUGAAGAAGCCGACAGUUUAGCGCAGAUUGCUCAAGGCAAUAGUUCUACAUCGAACUCAGUUCAUGCAUCUCGUGCUGAAAAAACUGAGAUGGAAAAUCAUUUGGAAAGUCAGAGGCAGAUGGAAAGUCAAAGAAGUUCAGUCCCCCAUUGGACUGACGAACAGCUGGAUGAGCUUUUGGCGUUUGAUUGA